ACGUAAAUAGGCAAAACUAAACUUUCUAACAAUUUAGGUAUCUCUAUUGAUUUUAGAAUAAAGAAAAAACAAUAUUAUUUUCCAUAUCCAUACGACUCCAAAUGUAAAUUUAUUUUGGUGAUUUGUAAUUUAAACAAUGAAUAUUCUGAAAAAAAUGAGGCGAUCGAUAUAGAGAAUCUUCCAAAAGCGGCAGUGAGGAAUUAUGGGUAUUCAAGUCUUCUGUAAUUAUCCUCCAAUCACAAAUAAAGAAUAGUAAAUUGGAAAAUCCGCUGUGUUUCUAUAUAUAUAUAGUGAGAAGGUAAAGUGGUGAAAGAAUCCAGCAUGCAACAACACUCGAGGCUACUUCUACCUUAGAUUUCUGUGUCUAGACAUUUUCUUCUUCUUCUUAGAGAGAGAGAGAGAGAGAGAGAAUGGGCGGAGGCAGAGCCCCUUGCUGCGAUAAGACAAAGGUGAGGACCGGCCCAUGGAGCCCUGCAGAGGACUUGAGGCUUAUAAAUUUCAUCCAAAAACAUGGUCACAGUAACUGGCGCGCGCUCCCUAAACAAGCCGGUCUAUUGCGAUGUGGAAAGAGUUGUCGGUUGAGGUGGAUUAAUUACCUAAGACCUGACGUCAAACGAGGCAACUUCACACCCGAAGAAGAAAAUACAAUAAUCCAACUCCAUAAUUCUAUUGGAAACAAGUGGUCGAAGAUCGCAUCUUGUCUGCCGGGAAGAACCGACAACGAGAUCAAGAAUGUGUGGAACACACACUUGAAGAAGAGAGGCAAUUGCAAGAAGAAGAGCGAUGAUGAAGACUCUAGUCCUGCUGAAAAACAAGCAGCCUCUUCGGUGUCGCACAGCCCUAAACAUGCGUUGCCGGAGGUGGGAGACGACGACGACUUCUGGCACGUGCUGGCUCCAUUAUUACACGAUGACGAUGAUGAUAAUGUUGGUGCAGAAGAGGUCGAAAUUGGCAAGUGGUUGAGAAUCUUGGAAAAUGAACUCGGACUAUCUGGUGAUGCCCAACCAGAAAUUCUUGUGGAUUUUUCUGCUUCUCAAUCUGAUCAUCACUAUCUCGGCAUCUAGAGCCAACCUACCAACCAUUUUCCCCUUCCUUUUUCACUUUUAACAACUAUACAUAUAUACACACACUAGUCCAAGUCCAAGUCUACACUUUGCACUAAUUUCCAACCAACACACUUUAAACUACCUACUUACAUGUCUCUCUUAGCUCUAUCUAUAUGUUUUUUAUUUUCUUUUCUUUUUAACGUUAUCUAAGUGAUAACUAGCUACUUAGGUGUCCGGAUGGGAGGUCGCAUUGCUCCUACAUUUUAGUUUCAUCCAUUAAAUGUGUAUUCAUCCUAAUUAAUUUGGUGAUGUGAUGAUACCGAUCGAAAUGAUAUUAUAAAGCAAGUAUUAUAUUA